AAAUCAUUAUUUUAUUUUUAUAUAAACAAAUAUUUUUAUAUAACAAUACCAGGCUGCAGUACCGCGAACAUGCAGCAGAGGGGGCAGGACAAACGCCAAUAUAUCACGUGACUGGGUUACGUAACGCUGCGCUAGUCAUGGCGCUGCUCCGGCCUGUCUCCUUACUGCCCCGGGUCUGGCUUCGCCGCCUGAGCGGUCGGUGCUGCCCGCUUACUGAGCGCCGGGGGCUGCUGCAACUUCGGGGACCGGACCCCGCUAUGUUCCUACAGGGGCUGAUAACAAACGACGUGCAGCGAUUGGCAGAGGGCGCGCUGUACGCGCACCUCCUCAACGUACAAGGGCGGAGCCUGUUUGAUGUCAUUCUAUACAGGCUCCCCACAGAACACAGCGAGACAUCGGCCAUUCUACUGGAGUGCGACGUCGCAGCCGUGGGACCUAUCCAGAAGCACCUGAGUCUGUACAAUUUCCGAAGGAAGGUGAUCAUAUGCCCGUGCCCUGAGCUGUCGGUGUGGGCCGUUAUCUCUGGUUCCCAGAAGCAGGAUACCCAAAUGCCUGAUCUGCCCUCUUCUGUCAUCUGUGCCGCUGACCCUAGGGUGGAAGCCAUGGGCUUUAGACUGGUGGCUCAGUCUGGAGAGAAUCCCAAGAAGCUCUUGCCGGAGACAGAGACCGGCAGUUAUAAUGAAUAUACUAAGCACCGAUAUGAGCAAGGUGUUCCAGAAGGUGUACAGGACAUUCCCCCGGGGGUGGCGCUACCACUGGAAUCCAACCUGGUGUACAUGAAUGGCAUUAGUUUCUCCAAAGGUUGUUACCUGGGCCAGGAACUCACAGCAAGGACUCACCACACUGGCAUCAUUAGGAAACGCCUACUGCCCAUCCGAUUCUCAACGCCGUUACCGGCCGAAGCAGAGGGAGCCGAUAUAUUAACAUCAGCUGGGAAGCCGGCGGGAAAAUACAGAGCCGGGCACGGGGACAUUGGCUUGGCGUUGCUCAGAAUGGCGCAUAUCGGCGAAGAACUUCACAUUAAACCGUCUAGUGGGUCGAGUGUUUCUGUUAAAGCAUCGAUCCCGGAGUGGUGGCCCCAAACCAGUAGCAACUAACAGACUGUCUGGGAUGGAAUGGACAAUCUAAAGCCAAAAUCAUCUCCUGUAUGCGAUUGUGUGGGGGUGAACUCGGGGGGCAUUAUCUGUACUGGGCUGCUAAGAUCAGUUUGUAAAGCUAAUGCAGAAUGCAGCUUAUGCAGAAUCACUAGGGCUGUUACACGGCUGGAUAAUUUGCACUAUGUUCACUAGGGAUUUCUGAGAAUUGCCCCAGCCAGCAUUAGCACUUCAUUACUACUGAACACAGUGAAGGGGGGCAUUUCAAGCUUUUGACACAGUGCUUUUAUGUGGCACAAAAUGUGGUGGGCACAGUGUCCAACUGUGUUGUCCGGAGCCCACCGGGGCUGCCACUUCAGGGGCUCCCAUCCAAGUCACGAACUCCCCCACCUGCCACCAGCCUACCCCCCACGUACGCACACUGGGGGUCAUUAAUCAACACUUUGCAAAAUUGCUUGUGGACAGUAACCUAUGGCAACCAAUCAAACUGUUGCAUCCAUUGUUUUAGCUGCAGCUGGCUGAAAAAAAGCCAAUCGCUGAUUGGUUGCUAUCGGUUACUGCCCACAGGUAAAUUUGCCCAGUGUUAAGUAAUGAGCCCCACUGUGUCACAUUCCUUUUACUGGCGGCCAAAAUAUGGGAUGAGGGUGGGGAGCCCAACGUACCUGGUGGGAGAAGUGGGUCUGGGUUGCCGGCCCACUGGCUCAGUCUGACCCUGGGUGGGCAAAUGCCUGAGGAUUCCCUUAUGUGUGGCAGACCCUACAGCUGAUAAAGAGGGGCAUCUGGCAUUUCUGUGAGAUUCUAAAGGAAAAUAUAUCUUAGAAAUAAUUGUAUAUUUUCUAUUUUCAAUAGAAUUCACACAACUCAAGAUACACAUCGGUAAAUAGCCCUGUCCUGGUUUCACUCUUACAUUGUCACACCUCUGAUUCUGGAGAUUAUAUAGUGAAUAAAGUACCCCCUGUUGUAAAAUAUAGGGAUAUUAUAAGUC